UCCUGGGAGGGGCCCCGCGGGUUGGGGAGGGGGCGCGCGCCCUGCGGUCUCUGCGCCGCAUCGGUUCCCGGCGCGGGGUCGCGGCGGCGGCGGCGGGAGGCGGAGGAUGCGGGCUCCGGCGGCGGCGGCGGCGCGGGCCCGGGAGGACGCGGGAGGAUGAGGAGGAGGCCGGCGGUCCGGCCGCGCGGCGCCGGGAGGAGGCGCAGGCGGCGGGGGCGGCGGCGGGCGGCGGCGGGCGCGCGGGGUGCGGGCCGGCUCGGGCGCGGAGGAUGAAGUGGAGCGUCCGCGGGGCCUGCGCCGCGCUCUCCUCCUGCCUCCUGCUCGCCUGCGCGCUCAGCGCCGCCGCCGUCGGCCUCAAGUGCUUCUCGUUGGGCUCGGAGCUGCGCGGGGAGCCGUUCCGCCUGGGGGCCGCCGCCGGCGCCUUCUACUCCGGGCUGCUGCUGGCCGCCGGCCUCUCGCUGCUCGGCGCCGCCCUGCUCUGCUGCGGACCCCGGGACGCGCCCCUCGCGGGGUCGGAACCGGGCCCGGGUUUGGGGGUCCCCGCGGCGCCGGCAGGAGCUCCCGAGGCCGCGCCGGGCGAGCCGGGGGCCGCGGCCGGGGCCCCGGGGCCGGUAAGCAGCCAGAACCUGCUUCUGCUCGGCGUCCUGGUCUUCAUGCUCGGGGUCCUCAGCGCAUUUGCGGGCGCCGUGAUCGACGGCGACACCGUGUCCCUGGUGGAGCGCAAGUACUCGCACUACUGCCUGCCCCCGCGGGCGCCAGGUUCGAGCCCCGGCUCGGCCCCAGGUUCAACCCCCGGCUCGGCCCCCGGCUCGGCCCCGGGCUCGGCCUCCGGCGCCCCGCGCGCUCGCAGCACCCUGGACAGCGCCACGUCCGCCAAGUGCCGCCAGCUGAAGGACUACCAGCGCGGCCUGGUGCUCUCCACCGUCUUCAACUCGCUUGAGUGCCUGCUGGGCCUGCUCAGCCUCCUGCUCGUCAAGAACUACAAGUCGUCGCAGGCCCGGCGCGGUCGGCGCGGCAGGCGGAGGGGAGGCCGGGCCCUGGCGCGGCCCCGCGGCGGCUCCGGGCUCCGCGCGCAGCCGCCCGCCUCUCGGGCGCGCCGGGGCCGGCGGGGCCGGCGGGGGCGGCGGCUGCAGCAGCGGCCGAGCGAGGCCUCCAUCCUGUCCCCGGAGGAGUCGGACCUGGCCGCCCCCGGGGACUGCGCGGGCUUCGCGGCGCACCACGCGGUCUCCUACAUCAACGUAGGCGUUCUCCACGCGCUGGACGAGGCGGGCGCGGAGGUGCGCUGCGGGGGGCACCCGUCGGUGGAGCUGCCGGGGUACGCGCCCUCGGACCCCGACCUCAACGCCUCCUACCCCUACUGCUGCCGGCCGCCCUGCGAGACGCCGCGGCCCUGGGAGACCCGUCGGGCCUGCUGAGCCCGUGGGCCGGACCCCCAUCCCGCGGACCGCGCUUGCGUUCCCCCCGCCCCGCUGAGGACCCCCGCGGCAAGGGAGGACGGGCAGCGGGGCGGGGUCCAGGGCCAGGCCUCAGGGGCGCCGCCUCUUCCACGUGGCUUUGCAGCCUCCGGCCUGGCCCCCUCUGCGGGCUCCGUGACCACAGGAGGGGGCCCCUGAUGUGACCAUUUCUGUAUCUGGGAGGUUUCUCUUCUUAUUUGUGUCGUUCAUAUCUGGAUUCCAUUUUCAAGUUUACAAUAAAUGUUUGGGCUUGGCUAGCCCGACUGCACUUUUCUUGGCAAGUCCAAACCCUGGGGCUGCUCUGCCUGGUGGUCCGAGGCGAGGGGGACAGAGCGAGCGCCCCAGGACGGCGACUUCCCACGGAGGAAGAGCAGACAGAGACGCAGAGCAGCUGGUAAUUCAGAAAGAAGAAGUGAAAACACCCAACAGCAACACUUUGUACACGGAUGUGCCUGCUUUUGUUGAUACUUUCUUACUGUAAAGCUCUCCAUAAAUAGUGAAAAUGUUUGGUAAAUUUAUUGCAAUUUAAAAUUGGUGAGUUCCUUUAUUAAAUUAAUUGAUAUGUUAUUGGAGAAUAUUCAUCAAAUUGGAAUUAGAGGAUGUCUACGCACAAGUCAGUGUUGGGGGGAAAUGGUUUCAUCUGGUUGGACAAAUGUUGAGUUUGAACAGUUGUAUUCUGCUAGCUAGUUGACUGAAUCCAGCCUCUUUCUAAAGCUAACUUUCUGUGUGUGUAGAGACACUGAUGCCACAUCCCAUACAUUUCUUUUUUCUUUUCUUUUCUUUUUUUUUUUUUUGGAAACUGGUUGUGUGGUUUCGACUGCAAAGCAGAUCUUAUUUUUGGUUAAUACAUAUGAACAAUUUAAUCCUAUUUCGGAAAAUCAGUCAUAGUUUUUCUGGCAUAGAUAAUUUUCCUGUUGAUUAUUUCAUUAAUCUGGUAAUUUUUAGUAUGAUAGCAUUUCAUUUAAAAUAUACCCCGUAAUCGCCUUAAUUGAUGUGAAGGUCAUACUUUUAAAUGAUGAGGCUAUGUGUGUGUGUGUUUUCACACAUGAUAUGAAAUGAGUUCCAUAUGCUGGUGGAGUGUG